AUGUCGUCUUCCGUGCUCAAAAAGCCCGUCAAGCUAGCCUGCAUCCAGCUCGCCUCGGGCGCCAACAAAGCCGCCAACCUAAAGCACGCCGCCUCCCAGGUCGCCCACGCCGCCCGGGGAGGAUCCAGCAUCGUCGUUCUCCCAGAAUGCUUCAACUCCCCCUACGGGUGCCAGUACUUCCCAGACUACGCGGAGACCCUGCUCCCGUCGCCGCCGGCUCCCGACCAAGCCCCGUCCUUCCACGCGCUGUCCGCCAUGGCCGCCGACAACGGCAUCUACCUCGUCGGGGGCUCCAUCCCCGAAUUCAGCCCCGAAACCAAAGAGUACUACAACACAAGCCUCGUCUUUGGCCCCGACGGCGCCCUGCUGGCCACCCACAGAAAAGUGCACCUCUUCGACAUCGACAUCCCCGGCAAGAUCGCCUUCAAGGAGUCGGACGUCCUGAGCCCCGGAAACAAGAUCACGCUCGUCGAUUUGCCCGAGUACGGCACCGUGGCCGUGGCCAUCUGCUACGACGUGCGGUUUCCGGAGCUGGCCAUGAUUGCGGCGAGGAGGGGCGCCUUUGCGCUGAUUUACCCCGGCGCGUUCAACUUGACUACGGGCGCGCUGCACUGGAAGCUUUUGGCACAGGGGAGGGCGGUCGAUAACCAGGUGUACGUGGCAAUGUGUAGCCCUGCGAGGGAUAUGAGCGCGUCGUAUAAUGCCUGGGGGCAUAGUAUGAUUGUCGACCCCAUGGCACAAGUGGUGGUGGAGGCUCAGGAGACGGAGACGAUUGUUGAGGCGGAGCUUGAUGGAGGUGUCAUUGCCGAGGCCAGGAGGAAUAUUCCCCUGGGUUCGCAGAGGAGGUUCGAUGUUUACGCAGACGUGAGUUCUUCCGGGGCGAGCUUUGACGAGCCUGUAUCAUGA